GUCACCACACAAUGAACAUGGCGUCCGUGACAACAGCCACCUCGGAGUGGAUUCAGUUUUUUAAGGAUGCAGGGAUCCCAGCUGGUCUUGCUGUCACAUAUGCCGUUUCCUUCGUGGACAACAGAAUUCAGAAAAACAUGUUGAUGGACCUCAGUAAAGACAUCAUGAUGGACCUUGGCAUUACUGUAAUCGGGGACAUCAUUGCCAUUCUUAAACAUGCCAAGCAGGUUUACAGGCAGGACAUGUGCAAAAUGGCAACUGAGGCCAUCUCCUCAGGACAGACCAGUGUUCAAGCUGAGCUCAGAAGAACUGCCAACACCCCUGCCACUCGCAUGAUCGCCAACGCUUUGAGCCAUGACUCCCCACCAGCCACUCCAGCCCGCCGACCGGACAACCGCCUCUCCGUCACAGUGUCCAAUACACAAGCAAACAAGAGUAACAAAGCAAUUAUAAGCCAGCCAGCUGACGAGGGGAACGGUCUGCCGGUAGUGAAGCGCCGCCGUGUGACAGCUGAGAUGGAAGGCAAGUACAUCAUCAACAUGCCCAAGGGCACCACGCCUCGUACACGCCGAAUCCUGGCCCAGCAGGCCAAGAAAGGUUUGAAACGCACCUCUGUGUUUGCGAGACUUGGAGCUGAAUCAAAGGCAGACACAACAACGAGUAGUAACAAGCCGACCGGCGUGUUCAGUCGCCUCGACAGAGGGGAUGAAGCUGCAGAUGAGCCGCGAACUGGAAACACAGAUGAGGACGAGGAGGACAGUGAUGGAGAAGGCUCUGUCCUCCAGUAUGCUGGUGUCCUCAAGAAACCCCCACCAUUUCAGAAGAAAGAGCCGGCCACAAAAGCGCCCCCCAUCACCCUGCGGCGCCUCGGAGGCAAAUUCAAACUACCUCCCUCUGAUGCUCCCACCUCCUCCUCUUCUUCUUCCCCGAAUGGUCUCACCCCUGCUAAGAUUAGUGUUCUUCAGAGACUGGGCAAGCCCCCUACCACACACUCAAACACUGCUGUGUCACCCACAACACCUGCUGACACACAAGACAACAGAGUGACCAGCACCAGGUCCCGAGGCCAGGAGAGACAGACUAUAGCGAGCUCCAAGGUGAGCAGCAGCACGGGAGGAGCAGGAAUAGGAGAUUCUGUGGGGGCCCAGAUGGACGUUAAAGCUAUCAGUGUUUUCAAGAGACUGGGCAACAAGAGAACCUAAUCCUGACACCCACGCACACACACAAAAAUUAUUUCAGACUUUCUUUACAUUCUUUAUAAAGUUUGUAUCGCCAACCUUUUUUUCUUGCUGUGAGCAGGAAUGAAGAGUUUAGUCAAGCGUGUGUGGACAAAUUGCAUAUUUAAAGCUACUAAGAUUGAUUUAUUUUAAACACAUUAUUCAUGCUGCCAUUGGAAAAAUCCAUCCAUCCAUCCAUCCAUUUUCUUCCGCUUAUCCGGGGCCGGGUCGCGGGGGCAGAAGCCUAAG